CUUUAUUCUCUUCUAUUCCAACAAAAGAUAUCAAGACUUUUUGGUCGCUCCCCAUCUCGAAACCACUGUUACAGGGUAAUUUCCCGGUAACUGCCCACCGCCACAUAUCUUUAUUAGAUUGGAACUGUACCCAGUACUCUCUGUAGGCUGUGUAACUCGACAAGCGAAGACUUUGAACACUUUCUUGUUUCUUGUCCAAACAAGAACUCUAUUUGGUCCAUGGUACUCCAAUACCAUUUCCCUACUUAUCUGUUCUCCAAUCGUGAUAUUCUAAAUGCAUUGCUCUCUAUCAAGUCUCCCUUCCAUCAGAAAUAUAGCCUCUAUCGAUCUUUGGUAAUCGUUUCCACUACGCGAUUUUACAUCUGGAGAGCUUACUGGCAACUCAUUCUCCACAACAUACCUUUUACUGCCAAUACAAUUCUCACAACUAUCAAUCGACAAAUCCACAUUCUUACGAAUGGGAUUCCCGAUUAAAUAUAUUCUACCUUUCACUCUACGAGUAUGUGUGACU